AUGCCCCUCCUUGUUCUCUCCGGGUCUUCCCCCUCCCUUCCCUCUCCUCCUGCUCCUGCCUUCUCCCCUACACCGAUGGCUCAGCCCCCAAACCCCACCACUUCGUCCCACUCUGCUCGUUACCUCUGUCUUAUUGAUGUCCUCCAGUACAAAGGGUUGUUCGAGCCUCGGUUCGACGUAGAGCACGCUACUGCCUGGCUUGCCUGGGCCCAUGGUGCUCGCUGGCUCAUGCAGAUGCUCUUCGAGUCCUACGCCCUGGCAACUGCUCACGGUGAUGCCCGCAUCCCCCUUCUGUCCAGCAUCCCCGAGGUUCGCGAGCUUAUCGAACAUUUGGACCGCGUGUUCCUCAACCUCCGCUCUGAGCAGAACGAGGCGCCGCUCCUAUACGCGACCAUCCCUUGGUCCCUGGAUCAGCUUCAGAGAGAACAAACCGCCGUGGAAGAAGCCCCAGCCCCUCCUCCUCCAUCAUAUAACAAUCCUCCCCUCUGCCUCUCCUCCCUCCGGGGUUUGACCAACAACUGGGACCGCCUGCUCGCCGCCACGGACCGUUCCUUGGAUGUCCUCCGCGUUGAACUCGGCCACCUCCACCACGGCCUGGCUGAGGCCCAGAUUGACCAACUGUCCGUGAUGCAUGAAGUAGUCUCCAUCACGGGCCGUCUAGAGGACAUAUGUGAUGCACGAGACCUCCCUCCUCCGUUAGUUAAUCCGUGA